CUUGGCGCCACUGUAGCGAUGCAUCGCCUCUUUCUUCUCGCUCCUUCUCCUAUUUCGUACAUCUCCAUCGCCUCUCAUGCGAACCGUCGUCUUAUAUUCCCUCUUUUUUUUUUCCACUGCGUCAUAUAUUCCCUCCUCUUUUUUCCACUGCGUCAUAUAUUCGAACACCUAAAAGACGUGAUCCACACUCACAAGAAAGAACCCGCUCCUCCUCUUCCGACUCUCCUCUCCGAAAGCUAAGUAGUUGUCGAGAAAGAGAUGGACGGGAGCUCGGCAAAGCGGUCAUCGUCAUCUUACACGGGAUGGACCAUACCGGAGAUUUGGGAGGAGGCGGCCGAUUCCAUCACCAACGACUCCUCCUCGUGUCUCCCGCCGAUCACCUUAGUGUGCGGGCCCGGGAACAGUGGCAAAUCCACCUUCUCCCGUCUUCUCCUCAACACCCUGUUGCAUAGGUAUAAGAGAGUGGGUUAUUUGGAUACGGAUGUCGGGCAGCCAGAGUUUACGCCUCCUGGUUGUCUCUCCUUGCAUGUCAUUGAUAAACAACCCCCAGAUUUGACCAUUCUGAGCCUAAAGAGACCUGAGAGGUUCUUCUUUUUUGGUCAUGUUACUGCACAGAGAGAUCCAAAGGUUUAUUUGAAUUUUAUCCUCAACCUCUAUGAUUACUUUCACAACCAACACUAUAAAUCUGGUGAGCUUGAUGAACCUGGGAACUUAAUCUUGCCUCUAGUUAUUAAUACUUCAGGAUGGGUUAAAGGUAUUGGAUAUGAUUUGUUGGUGGACAUGCUGCGGUAUAUGUCUCCAACUCAUGUUGUUCAGAUGCGUGUCUCCGUUGAGAGUAAGAAUCUUCCAACUGGGUUUUUCUGGCUAGAAGAAAAUGAGAAGACUUCAGUUAAUCUGAUUGAAAUUCCUACAGUAUAUGAACCCUCUACUCGAUUGGUGCUAAUAAAAAACGAUGCUUGUAUUAUCCGAGAUCUUCGACUGGUUGCUUAUUUUAGACAAUGCCUGCCAAGAGAGUUGGACAUCUCAACUUACAAGGAGCUUGCUGAUUGUUUGGCUUCUAUUACUCCUUAUGAAGUCCCUCUCUCAAGAAUAAAAGUGAAGCAUCUCCACCAGCAGGUUCCAAGUAGUGAAGUGAACCACAGCUUGAAUGCUACCAUUGUUGGUCUGGCAGUUCGUUCAUGUGUGCCUCCCUCAUCUGAGCAUUGCACACCUUGGUGUGUUGGACUUGGGAUAAUAAGAGCAAUAGAUAUUUCAAAAGAUCGAUUAUAUGUGAUUACACCUGUCUCUCCCUGCGAGCUGGAGAAUGUUGAUAUCCUUUUACGAGGCUGCCUUGAAACUCCUGCUUGUCUUUUGCAGUACAUCCAAUGGACGUCCAGCAAAAAGUUGAGCGGCUGGUAAUCAGUACAUCCAAUGGAUAAUCUCUUCUGACCAGUUGUCCCAGCAGCUGCGCAAGCAUCACCCCAUGCCUUGGAAUAGAAAUCUGCACUCCAUAUAUGACUGCUGAAGAAGAAUAUUGGUUUAUUAAAGCUUAUUGCCAAAAAGGAAGAGAAAAAGGCUUAUGCUCUUUAUCAAAGAAACUCUUCCAACUUAUUUUUUAUGCAAAGUGGGUACCGCUCAACUCGGAUGCGUGAACGUGAAUGAACGUGCGAUAAUUUGACCCUCUGCUAUGUCUGUAUUGUGGCUGAUAUAACGAGAUGGAGCUUUUUCAAACCUUGUAAACCUGUCACCGUAAGUGCCGAGUAAGAUACAAGUACCCUUCCCAGUGUUUUUUACUUUUUUAGGAUGAUUGUAUAAGCAUUUUUUGUUGAAUCUGCAAUCGUAAAUUUAUGUCAGAAUUUAUGGAACGUAAAUUUCUGAUCUCA